CUGUACAAAGUCAUGCUAGAGGCCCUGGAUGCCAUGCUGAGGAACCUGCUGGCAGAGUCCCCAGACACAGACAGGCUCCACUACAUCUUGGAGCACAUCAACUUGUGGACCGUGUCCAGGGUGUCCCAGGAGAGAGCCAGAGCCAUCAGGAGCAGCACAGCCCUGCUGAGAUACACAGUCACCCUCCCUGAGUUUGACAUCUCAGCCGAGUUCCCGAGGCUGGGUCACCAUGUGGCACAGCUGGCCCUGUUUGUCAUUGACCCAGACAAGGACAUCAGCCGGCAGGCCAGGGAGGGGACUUACCGGCUCUACCAGCUGCUGCUCCAACAGAGGGGGCUGAGCAUAUAUGAGGCAGAAGAUCUGUGGUGCUACGACUGGCACCAGGACAGCAGGCUCCUGGCUUACAAGAACACAGCCAGGGUGGGGGAGGUCUUUGGAAAAUUCUUCUCCCACGGGCAGAAAAGAUCCUUCCUCCAGACAGCAGUGCUGGCCAUCCACGACCCCCUGCUGCGUGUCAGCCAGGCUGGGCUGGUGCUAGUCUACUCCCUCCUGGGGGAAGCCCAGAAACUGAUGGGGGACACGCACGAGGAUGUCACAGCCAAGGUGAUGUGCCAGCUCCACAUCAUCCGGCACUUGCGCCAGAUGCCCGAGGCGCUGCAAGGGCUGUACCUCAUCUGAUGCUCUUAAAGGUUCCCCUCCCAUGUUCAGCAACUCCUGCUCCCUGCUGCAGGCCCUGGGGUGUGUGACAGCCUCCCAGAUGGGUGCAAUCAGAAGCUGAGCCACCUCAAGGAACAGUGGGGACAGGUCACCUUGUCCUAGGAAACCAAGCAGUGCUAGUUCUCAAAGAGAACUGAGAGGGAAGACCCCACUCCCUCAUGGAGCUCCACUUCCCGCAGCAGGACAAACGAACCUUCAGCUCCUAGAGAACGGACUCUGACCUCCUUCUGAUCAGCAAUGGGGUUUCACCAUCCCCUCAACAAAGCUGUCAGCGGGGCUGGACUGGAUUUUAAGGAGGAGGGUAUCUAACAAGGUGGUUUGGCCUGUGGCUGCAAAGC